GGGCUCUCCUGGGACUCUCAGACCCAGAAAUGUUGUUCUGGUUGGACAAGACCCAAAAUUUCCUGUUUCUAGCAGGGCUUUCUCCUUGGUGCUCUUCCAGAGAAGUUCCCCAAGGCAAGGCUGGACUUCCAACCUGGACACUCUGGGAGUUUAUUAUCUCUUCACUCUUCCUCAGUGAUGAAGAGACAGACCGAGAGGCAGAAAACCAGUGAGGAAAGGAAAUGACUGGCAAAUCACUAAAGACUUUGGGACCAGAACUUGGUGUCUGCACCUCACAGAGCCAAGCUCAGCUGCAGUCCAGCCAGAGGCUCCCCAGGAUAUGAUGUCUCACCUCUUCUGUGCCUUACUGUCCUUGUUUUCCUUUGCUGCCCUACUGGAAGGAUCCCAGUGGAAGCUGCAGGAAAAUGUGUUUGUCAUCGACUCCCAGUGGGACGCCGAGGCCCCGGCCACCACGGUGGAGCUCACCUGUGCCAGCCCCGAGGAGGCAGUGUACUGGAGAAAGGACUCCAGCCCCUUCCAGGAAGGAGAACAAGGAGGGAAGACCCUGAGGGUGGCGGUGAAGGAGCUGCCGGACGCCGGCAACUACAGCUGUGUGAGCGAGGAGAGCCACAGGGUGCUGAGCUCCAGCCUCCUCCUCAUCGCCAGGAUCAGCCCCAGCGGCCACAUGAUGAGGGACAUCCUCAGAGCCUUCGAGGAGCCCAACAGGACAUUUCUGAAGUGUGAGGCAAAGAACUACUCUGGAAUUUUCACGUGUUCCUGGAUGACAGAAUAUAACCCAAAUGUGAAGUUCACCAUCAGAAGCCUGGAAGGCCCCCAGGGUGACGUGUCCUGCAGCAGCCCCGUGGCUGUCACCGAGGGGGCCCUGACCACCUACACAGCCCAGUGCCACAAGGAGAGCUUCUGUGCCUUUGCUGAGGAGCACCAGCCCAUUGACAUCGUCCUGGAGGCCAUUGAUGAGGUGUUGUAUGAGAACUACACUGCCAGCUUCUUCAUCAGGGACAUCAUAAAGCCUGACCCUCCCCAGUGCCAGUACGUGGCCACCAAUGGAACAGUGACCUGGACAUACCCCAGGACCUGGAGCACCCCAAACUCCUACUUCCCUUUGAUUUUCAAGGUCAAAGUUAAAAGCAAAAAGCCACACAGAUACCAGGUGUACGACACGGAGGAGCAGUGGCUGCGGCUGCCGGCCCCCGGGCCAGCAGAGGUGAGGGUGCAGGCCAGGGACUGCUGCUACCUCAGCUCCUGGAGCCAGUGGUCCUCAGCAUGCAGAUAACCAGUAAGGAGGGUGGCCCAGUGCUCCUAGAGAAAGCAAAGAAUGAAUUAGCACAAGAACAGAAGCACAAUUAGAAGAAAAGUUUCCAUUUGAGGUCCUUAAGAAGCCAUAACUUUUUUUUUUUUUUUUUGUAACAGUUGAAUGUGGUCCUGAUUUUGGCAGCUCCAAAAUCCCCCAGAUUUGAGUUAUACUUUUAGAAUCCAUCAUGUUACAUUAACAUGAUUUUGACAUGUUGCUGGCAGCUAUUAUUGUAUGUCCUUAUAUUAUUAUUGUGCCUUUAUUUAAUAGUUAUUUAUUUAUUUGCUAUUUAUUUAUUUAAUAUUUAUUUAUUUACUAUUUAUUUAAUAUUUAUUUUAUUUACUUAGUAUUGUUUGUUUAUUUAUUUAUUUAUUUAUGGUUUUGCAAGGCCAGUGGAUGGCAGUUGCUAUUCAAACCACUGCAUGUGUUAACUUAUUUGGAAAGUCACCUCCUGAAAGAACUGUUUGAAUAGUCCAUUAUUGGAUUGGUUAAUUAUUUGCUUAUUUAAUAUUUAUUUGUAUGGAAUCCCCCAGAGCCCAGCAGGGAGCUGGGGGUGUGUGACUGUUAAUGAUCUCGUAAAAUCAGAUUUUUAGAGCAGAGAUUUUUGUAGCCCACGUUGUCAGCGUGCCCCACUGUGUGUUCUGAACCUCAGGGAAAACUCUCCUGGCACAGCCAGGGCCCAGCUCUGGGAGGAAGCAGCAGCAGGAGCUGAAACUUUUGUAUUUUUCAUGGAAUCCUGGAGUUGUUUGGGCUGGGAGGACCUUGAAGCUCAUCUGUUCCUCCCACUGCUCCAGGGGGUCAGAGCUCCAUCCAGCCUGCCCUGGACACUGCCAGAGAAGGAUCCUUUGGCAAAACACUGAGCCCUGACUUCCAGGAGGACAAAAUCCUCUGAAAUAUCCUUGAGGAUUCCGGCCUUACCCUCUGAAUCACUGACAUUAAAGCCUUUCAAUGCAACCAUGCUUCCUGUUUCCCAGUCUUAGCCAUGCGUGGUAAUUUAAGAUAUUCAGACACUGAAAUGUGUGAAGUAUCUGAUAUUUCAGAAAACUGCUGAUAAUUUAUUUAAAAGUCCUGUUGGUAUUUAUUAAUAUUAAGUUUACAUGUCUUGUUUUAGCUAUAAAGGCAACUUUAUGUGCUUGUUUACAAAGGAGCUAAUAAUAAAUACACCUGAAAA